CACUUCCCUUUUGAGUGAUUCACGUAAUUAGGUACAGGGCCAACCAAUCAGUCCAUUCCAGCUCUUAUUACGAGUUAAAUGGCACAAUCACUGUUUUUUCUCUUUCUUUCAUGUUACUAUCUUGAUACGUGAACCACCCGGCGACUGAAAUAUUUCCUCACAAAGAAACCAAGUGCAUCACCAAAACCGAACCAACGAGCGGUAUUCAAACCACAUCCAGUUACAACACUACUCUUGUUCUCUGAUCUCUCUUCAAAGCCAGCUCUACCUAUGCAGUAUGUACUGACUGCCUUAAUACUCCUCCUCGGCAGUAGGGGUCUUAGCCGGCGGGGGAGGGGCGCGGGUCGGACGAGGAGGAAGCGGCUGCUUGCUCGGGGUCGGAGACGGGAGGGGCUUGCCGGCGCUCCGGGUGGGGCGGGGCGGAUGUGGUGCCUUGGAGGGGCGCGGGGCCUUGGUGGGAUGAGGGUGAGGAGCCUUGGUGGGGUGGGGCGGCUUCAGCUCCGCGCGAGCCUCGAUGGCGGCAUAUUCCUCGACCUCGUCGGGCACGGCCCGGGGGGGAGGGGGGCCGCGAGACGGCGGCCGGGGAGCCCGCGUGGGAGGCGGCCGGGGAGCCCGCGUGGGAGGCGGCCGAGGAGCCCGCGUAGGAGUCGGGCGAGGAACGCCUCCGGUUGGACGAGGCCCGCGGGACGGGACCGCGGCCGUGGGGUGGGGAGGAGGGCCGCGGUGGUGUCCCGUGGCCGUCGGCUUGGGGCGGGCGUCAACUUCAGCCCCCUGAGCGACAGGGACAGCAACGACUUGCUGGAUGGCCGCGAUAGCGGCCAAGAGAGCAACGAAGAUGCGAGUCAUUUUGAUAGAGUCUGCAUAGACGACGGGAGGCUUUUGGAUAGGUGAUGAAGUUGCUGGCUGGUUGAUGUGCCUGGCUUGAGCGAGAACUAGACUCGGACGUCAUGGUGGGCUGGCUUUUAUACAUGGAUGCAUUGAGCGGAAGCGAGGUUGGUAGCUUCUGUCAUAAGCUCUUCACGCCGCGCCUUCACGUUCAGAGACUACUUGAAACCCGUAGACCCUUGCUUUGCUUUGUUGCCAUCUCAGGCGGAGGA